UUUCAUUUAGCAGGUCUAUUGUCACCAAAACCCUAACCCUAAUUCGCUCUCCUUCCUUUCCGCACAAAAAACCCCGAAUUUAGAGAGAGAAAGUGCACUCAGUUCUGAAUCUGCAACAAUGUCGAUGUCGAAGAGUUCGAAGAUGCUCCAUUACAUAAACUAUCGGAUGCGCGUUACGAUACAGGACGGCCGUCAGCUCAUCGGAAAAUUCAUGGCCUUCGAUCGGCACAUGAAUUUGGUGCUUGGAGACUGCGAAGAGUUUCGUAAACUUCCACCCACUAAAGGAUCCAAGGAGGAGCGCGAAGACCGCCGCACUCUUGGCCUUGUUCUCCUCCGUGGAGAGGAGGUCAUUUCGAUAACUGUUGAGGGCCCACCUCCGCCCGACGAGUCCCGGUUAAAGGCCAGUGGUGCAAAUGCUGUUGCGGGACCAGGGAUUGGUCGGGCCGCUGGCCGGGGUGUGCCUACUGGCCCGCUUGUCCAGGCCCAGCCUGGACUUUCUGGGCCUGUGAGAGGAGUAGGUGGACCAGCUCCUGGAAUGAUGCAGCCACAGAUCUCGCGCCCUCCCCAGAUUUCGAUGCCGCCGAUUUCUUAUCCUCCCCAGCAGCAAACUUCUGGGGUUCAGGCUCCUGUUAUGAGGCCUCCGUCUAUGCCGCCUCCUGGUGGAUUCCCUCCGAGGCCUGGGAUGCCGGGUGCACCGCCUCCACCUCAGUUUAGGCCGGGACCGCCUGGGCAGUUUCCACCUCCACAGUUCGGGCAGAGGCCAAUGGGUCCUCCCCCACCCCAGAUGAUGAGGGGUCCUCCGCCGCCUGGGCAGUUUCUGCCUCCUGGACAGAUGCCACCACGCCCGGGCAUGCCGCCACCUCCUCCUGGCGGACAAGUUCACAUGUUUGGUCCUCCUAGGCCUGGAAUGCCUCCUCCACCCAAUGCACCUUCUCAGAAUCAGCAACAGUAGUAAUAGCGACUGUUUUAGCAGGGACUUCUCCUGUUUGGCAGUUCGAGUGCUGUGAAGGUUAAAACUCAAGGCAAUUUUAUGGGUAGCUUUAAAUUUGCUAAUGCAUUCUAGUGAUGAGAUUUUCUGUCUGUAAUUAUGCUCACUUAUUGAUGUUUUCUUGUUAUGGUUUGACUAUCAAAACAUUUGUCAGAGAUUUUGCGUCUUGCCUGCAAUAAUGUUCACAAUAAAAAAAGAAAGAUUUAAAAAUUGGUUAAGAUUGCACGAACUUAAUCAAUCCCA